ACAGUCCACAAUGCCUUGCGGUGUCCCAGUUCCAGUGCGAUGUAUUUACCAGCAGGACUAAUGAAACGGGGAGAGGGGCAUUUUCCGCAUCCUAUUGGUGAGACUGCAAAAGCCUAGCGCACAGAAAGGACAGACACAAACUUUCGGACAGAGGACCAAGACGUCAUUAAUCCGUUUUCGCACGCGUCCGCAGCGUUUUUUUUUUUUGGUCCAUCAUCCAAACGCUACUUUGUCGCAGUUCGUUGGAAGUGAUUUUCUGGGCAAUGGUGAAGAAGGAUAAAUUUAGCCGAAUUCACGCCUUUACCUGUGUUUCCACACCAAACUUCACUUCGGAGAGGAAGCGCUGACUAAAAUCCCUUUUUUUCGCAGCAGUAAAGUGAAGUAGCCGGAGGGGUUUCAGCUGACCUCCACCACUGGAGCCUUCAGUAAUGUCGGGGCCAACACAUCACAGCCGGCUCCCUUGUUUCUGACCCAACAUGGAGCUCAAGGUCUGGGUAGAUGGAGUUCAGAGGGUUGUCUGUGGGGUCACUGAGGCAACCACCUGCCAGGAAGUGGUGAUUGCCCUGGCACAGGCUAUAGGUCGCACUGGGAGAUACACUCUUGUUGAAAAAUGGCGGGACACUGAGCGUCACCUCGCCCCUCAUGAGAGCCCUGUGGCUUCACUGAACACCUGGGGCCAGUAUGCUGGUGACGUCCAGCUGAUCCUGCAUCGCACAGGCCCCUCCCUAACUGAACGACCCCCCUCAGAAGGACCUCCUCUCAGGGGACCUGAACGUGGACUGCACCGACAGAGCCUCCCUCCCCUUGCAAAACUCCGUCAUCCCAACGAUCGCUCCCUGCGCCGCCGCGAACCACGUCGCAAGUCUCUCACGUUCACCGGAGCACCCAGAGGCCUUAGGGAUAUACUUAGUGGAGGCCGAAUCGGUGAGACUGAGGCUAAACGAAGACUUCUACUGGGAAACAGUGGAAAUCACCACCAUGCAGGACCAGCCAUCGGGACAGCAUCUCCUGGCCUGUGGGCCUGUCGCAUGGAAGAUUUGGUCAGACUGGUCGGUCUGCAGAGAGAGACUCUCAAUGUACUGGAAAAAAAGCUGGAGGCCUAUGAGGCUGAGCUUCAAUCCUGGGCUGAAGGACGAGGGGGGCGAGGUGGAGGAUGCCUUGGUGAUUCAGGUGAAGGAGGAGGAGGGCUGAUAGAGGAGAUCCUGAGGCUGGAGAAGCAUCUGAGGAAGAACGAGGUGGAGAUGGAAGAGGAGGAGUUUUGGGCCACUGAGCUGCAGAUUGAGCUAGAGAGUGAGAGACAGCUGGAGGAAAGACUGCUGGAGCUACGAGGACGCCUACAGGGCUGCGAACUGGACAUUGAAGAAAAGCUGGCAAUGGUACAGAGUGUCGAGGCAGGCCUGGAAGAGGAGCGUCUGCAGAGGGAGCGGCAGGAGACCCAGUGGGUCAGUGAGGCAGAGGCUCGGGCUCAGCUCCUCAGGGUCAAAGCAGAACUGAAAGCCCAGGAGAGACAGGCUGUCCAGCUGGAGAGUAGCUGCAGAGCUGUGGACAGGUCACUUGGACAAAGCAGCAAGAAACUGCAGGACAUGCAGCACGAGCUGGAGCAGCUGACCAAGGAGCUGCGGCAGGUUAACCUGCAGCAGUUCAUCAAGCAGACCGGCACCAAGGUCACAGUGCUGCCAGCUGAACCCAGUGAGGAUGAAAGUACUCACCACAGUCACAGUAUAGAUUUAGUUCCCCUGACUGGCUCCCUGAAGCGUCCGGUGUCAUCACACCCAAUGUCCAGUCACCUCCGGGUCCUCCACAGUCCCCUCAGCUCUGGCCUGAACCCGGAGGGGAUCUACGUGUGAGACGUUGAUGCUUUGGGGGAAACACAUCUUGUGUCCCUCGUGGAGCCCGUUUCACACCUUUGUAAGUGGAUAUCUUUGUACACAAUACCUCAGUAGCACACUACUAUGCACUGUUUUCUCAACUGCAUGAAGGCAGCCUUGAGAGUGAAGACUCAAAUAAUGAAGGAACCAUGUUGAUGUUUUAAAUGGAAGUCUUGGAGCACUUGGUGGGAUGAAAGAUUAGAAGACAAAAGUUCGACAGCAGCAGCAGCACAUGUCUUGGUGCAAAGUCCCUGAACAUAUUGGGACUCUCUCUAAACAUCAGGCACUUGUGGACUUCCUUUAUGAGCAUAUCCACUCAAUGUACUAUUACGCUCACACUUUAGUACCUGCUGAAUGGUUUGUAUUGUUUUUCCCACUAGCAUCAUAAUUCAGAAUUGCCUUUUGAACAGUAUUCUUGAAAAUCUUGGUAUGUGAGCCUAUGAACUAAAUCUCUUAGAAUCGUGUGUAAUUUCUGCCGUGAAUACAUUUUACCCAGCAUAGUGACUGGUUCUUAUAUAAGUAAUGAAGGAUCCACUUGUGUCUCUAGCAGAACUAUGUAGAAUCUGUUACUUUGCAUAUCAGAAUUUAUUCCUGUAGCUCUGAUUGUCUGUUCAUGUUAAAACUAUGCACAAAUGAUUAAUAGUUUUGUUAUGAAGAAUAUUACAGUCUGUAUGUACCAAAAUGAUGGCUUACUGUAAGUAUGUUUUCUUACUUUCCAGCUUUAUGUAGUGAAUUAUUAUAUUUUAUUACAAAGCUGUGCAUUCACAGUUAUAAAAAUUGAGUGCCCUCGUUUCUGCAGUAAUAUCUGCAUAAUGAACCAGUUGAUAAUCCUCCCAAGCUGAUUUUCUGUUUUUGUUGUUAAGAUGUCUACACAGUAUAUUUUUGCCAAAUGUAUUAUGCUUGUUUUUCUGUAAGGAUCGGUGCCCAAAGAUGAGCAGGUCUUGUUGCAUGAUUGUGUUGUUAAUAUAGCCAUAUCUGGAUGUGCACAGCACCCACAGUACAGUACAUCAGUUAGUUGAGUCUAAAAGUGGUGGCAUGUAAUAACACGUGACAAAACAACAGAAUGUGUGUGUAUGUGCGUGCGUGCGUGUGCGUGCAGAGUCACAAUAGCCAAGGUAUGAAUCCUCUCUUAGGUUGUAGUUGAGCUGCUACUCACAUCAAAGUGCCUUAUAUUCAUUCCACUGUUGUUGUAUUAAAAUAAUGUACACAGUGAAGCUUCAGUAGAGACAUUGAAGCAACGAUCGUAGUCAUUUUAGAUCAGAUGUUGCUAGAUGCAUUAGUGCCACAUUGCUGCGCAGAGGGAUAGCGCAGCGACAAAUAGGAUACUAUAAUUACAUUUUAUCUGUCAGUAUUUUGUAGAAAUGCCAACGGAAAGAACGUCAUUGAUAGUGUUUUUCACUUUGCUACCGUGUUAUUGUCACCGUAAUCCCAUGUGCUGUAAAAUGCAUUCACAUGUAAUCUGAUUUAUCUCACCAUGCAGCACUACCAGUGUAGGAUGAUGAAGGAUGACAUGAGAAGUCCCAAACAAAGCACAGCAGCACUACAGUGUGUCUCUCUGCUUUUCUGUUAAAGGAGAGAGCUGUUUAAGCUUCACAUACAAACAGAUAUUUCCCUUUAAAAAAAACAAAAAACCCUUGUGUGCAUUUUCACCCUGGGAUAAGACGUAGCUGUGGUCACUGUUUACAGCUGUAUGUGUUCUAGAGAACUGUAAGAUGUCGACUGUACAUAACCUGUUUUUUUUAUUUUUUCCCUGCCUUAAUAUACUGCAAAGUGUUAAGGGAUGUAUGGCUGAAGUGGCUGCUGAUAUGACAUGGAUUGCAUGACUCAAUAAACCGUCUGACAAAAUGA